GAGGAAGAGGAGUGUGAGGAAGAGUAGGGACACAGGAGUGUGAGGAGCAGGAAGAGGAGGCACCACAAGGUUCCAGCCCUCCCUGUAUCUGCAGCCUCCCCCCAGCCCCAGGAGUGUUUCCCUCCCCACAUGCAGCAGGUGACUGGGGAGGGGAAUCCAUGAUUUUCAUGGGAGUGAAUUGCUUUGGAAGAGGCAGAGACCUAUCAGAGUUAGUUAGAAUAUUGACAUCUAUUCUGACCACUGAAAUUGUUAGCUGCGAGUUUGGGAAGUACCAUAUAAAACCCCUUGAUUUCCUGUAGGUGGGUCCUUUUCCUUCUUCCUUUGGCCAGAGAGAGACAGGAUUUUUCAUUCCCAAGGAGUGGCCGGAUGGAGGAGGAGGAAAAGCCCCGGAGAGGCCGCACGAGGAGGGGCUGCAAACCCAGCGCAGGGAGCUGCGAGGAGCAAAGACCCGCCCUGUGCCAGGAGGGCGGCCGGAGAUCCAGCCAGAGCUCCGAGCUGGUGGAGAAGCCUCAUGGAGGGGAGAAGCCCCAAAAGUGCUUGGAAUGUGGGAAGGGUUUCAGCUGGAGAUCCAGACUGAUCCAGCACCAGGUGAUCCACACUGGGAAACGGCCCUAUGAGUGUGGGGAAUGUGGGGACAGCUUCAGCCAGAGGUCCAAUCUGAUCGAGCACAAGAGGAUCCACACUGGGGAACGGCCCUAUGAGUGUGGGGAGUGUGGGAUGAGCUUCAGCCGUAGCUCCCACCUGAUCCGGCACAAGAGGAUCCACACUGGGGAAAAGCCCUACGAGUGUGGGGAGUGUGGUAACAGCUACAGGUGUAGCUCUAGCCUGAGGAGACACCAGGUGAUACACACUGGGGAAAAGCCCUACAAGUGUGGGGAAUGUGGGAAGAGCUUCAGAGACAGUUACAGCCUGAUCCAGCACCAGGUGAUCCACACUGGGGAAGGGCUCUACACCUGCUUGGAAUGUGGGAAGGGCUUUGGAUAUAGCUCCGACCUAAGAAAGCACCAGCGCAUCCACACUGGGGAGAGGCCCUACGAGUGUCCUGAGUGUGGAAAGAGGUUUCAGAUCAGCUCUCAUCUCCUCGUACAUCAGUGGAGUCACACAGAGGAGAGGCCCUUCCACUGCCCCGACUGCGGUAAGGGCUUCAAGCACAACUCACACCUCACUGCCCACCGGCGCAUCCACACUGGGGAGAGGCCCUACGAGUGUCCUGAGUGUGGGAAGAGCUUCUCAGACAGUUCUAUCUUAAGUAAACACUGACGGCGGCAUCACUAAGGGAAGCCCUGCGAGUGUCCCGAGAGUGGGAAGAGCUUCGUGCGCUGCUCCAGCUCCAUCCCCCGUGGGAGGAACGGCCUUGGAUGAUCCCCAGUGACCCCCGUUGGGCAGAGCCCUGCUGAUCCGUGCUCCUGGUGAUCUCCUUUGGGUGGGGGGAAGGUGUUGAAGAGAUUUCUUUCCCUUCUCCUGUGGGAGUUGGCCAAGCUGAAACAACUCUAAACUUAAGGCUGAGGGAAACCCCUUACUAGUGAUGGCAGGUAGUAAAGGUUCUUGGGAAUUUACAUGUUAAUGAAGUUGUUCCGUUUAUGUUUUUAUGAUUGGUCAGUUAUUUGUACAAAUAUGGUUAUCUUCCCAGUGUGAGUGUCUGACUGGACCCUUACCCUCAGAUCUACCCUAUAUAUUGUCAUGUUUUCCUCAGUUCCGGGUCUUCCCUGGGUUACCCCCACGGAGUUCUCCCGGGUACUGUGCACAGUUUUUGGGCACCGUCCCUAUUUUCUUCUUUCUGUUAUUGAAGUAUUGUUUUUCUAGUGCCAACCGUUGUUCGUGGUCCUAAUUAUUUUCUCUCCUUCUCCGGGUGCGAUGUGGUUGGUAAUAAAUUCCCUCCCUGUGCCCAGGCUGGGUCUGUGCCAGCGCUGGCGCUCAGGGCGGGAUCUCUCUCGGUCCCUCUCUCAACUCCCGGGCCUCUCCUCAGCCAAUCAGAGGAGGCGUUGAACAGGGCUCAGCCAAUUGGAGCUAGCAGAUCUGAUGACUCACCAGUUGCCGGGCAGACCCGCAGUGCCCAGUGUUCCCCUCCUGGACUCGUCUCCCCGCCCAAUCGCGGCUCCCCCGCGGGUGCCCCCAAGACCCUCCCAAUAAACGGCACCGGGGUGAACUGGGAAGCUUUUUUGGGAACACUGGGAGCAGCUGGGCGGGGGGCUGGGGGGGACACCUGACCCCUCCCAAAAUCAUUUCAGGGACUGCAGGAAUUGAGAGGACACACUGUGCUGCACAAGCAAAGCCAGUUUAUUACACUAAACACUCAUAGUUAUAGUUCUCUAAGUUCCAUACAGAAUUUUCCACUCAGACCCCUUUGCCUCUGUUCCUUUACUAACACAAUCUUUUCAGUUAUCAAGUCCUCGUUACGUUCUUUUGCCAGCAAUGUCCUUGUUACAUUUUCUCUCCUCAGAGUAGUCAGAGUGACCAGACAUGAAGUCUUCGCUUUUGUUCUCGCCUUGAGUUUCUCUCUCCCACAGCUUCCACUGUCCCAGGGCCAAAAGGUCGGCAGUGUUACCCAGCUCAGCUUCUGUAGCCGUCUGAUCUUCCACAGGGGAUGGA